AGUUUAGUUUAAAGCGAAUCGACAUCUUGCAAAGUUGUACUACAGUUAAGUGUGAAGUAAAAAUAUUUAAACCAAAAUGUAUAUGAAAGCUUUAAUAGUCAGCAUACUUGUGGCCUUUGUGUGUGUGCAAAUUGCUGAUUCCCUGAAGUGUUACACCUGCGUAACGCCAAAGGACUGCAAGAGUCCCAAGAAAGUCACCUGCACGAAUGCGGCUGCGAAUGAGACUAGUUACUACCUGGGUGUCUAUCAUCAGAAUGUUGGCAACCUAACCAGCACGCGAUUCGAUUGCCUGGCUCUGAAGUACAACUGGAAUAACGAUGUGAUCCAUCAGCUCCAUGGCUGUGUGCAUCCAAAUGUUGGAGCCUGCAGCUUAGCACUUAAGCCGGCCUAUGCUCACUACAAUAAGACCUGGUGUCUCACCUGUUCGGGCGACAAGUGCAACAAGAAUCCGGCCGGAAAGAUGAGCAGCAGCACUAUUGCCAUCGCGUCUAGCGUUCUGGGUCUCUUGCUGGUCAAGAUGUAUGCCUAGUGUGACUAUUAAUAAAUAUGAGCUAGGAGCUAUGAUAUUUUAUAUUUGAUAUUUUUUAUUGUACCGUCAAUUUUAGUAAUAUCAUAAUUUCAUUUGUAGAUUAUGUAGGCCAUGUUUAUUCGGUCGAGCAGUUAACUAGGAGUGGGUAUCACUAAUCGAUGGCGCUUGAAUGGACGGUGGAGUGACGAAAGUUGUUGGGCGCUUCUCUAGGAGGAGCCCAUUGGGUUGACGGCGUUUGUCUGCAGGUUCUUGAGCAGCAUCUGCAGCCACUGCUUGGUGCACGUGUCAUGUUGCACGAGCGACGUGAAGGUGCCGUCACGCAGCAGAUCCGGCAGACACACUCUAAGUGCACUGCGAGCGCGCGCAUUUUCCGUAAGUAGUAGAUAGCAGCGCACCACAUGCUUCAGCACCCGGAGGCAUGGAAACUUCAACAUAUGGAUGACCAUUUUGCCCAGGGUGAUGGCCACCUGCGAGAAGCGAUCGUGGUUCUCGCAAAUGUACGUCAGACCCAUCUCAUCGAGCAGUAUCUUCUCAAGGAUUGAAGUGGCCGCGAUCUUGGUCAGCUUCGAUCCCCUGACCAUAUUGGUCAGACAGUGAGGCACGACCUCGCUCCAUAUCAGGAAGAUGAGGACCUCCGUAUCACCGGUCUCGGCCAGAGCAUUAAUCACGCCCAGCGUGGUCAGGCGCAGCUGCUCGAAGGGCCUGCUCUUGAACGUGGUCGACAAGAAGGGGUACAAGUACAUCGGUAUCUGGUCCCGCAGGAAGGCCGGGCGAGUCUCCGGAUGCGAGGCGACGCACUGUAGCAAAGUCAGGGCGUAGCACACGCGGUUCGACUGGUUGGCCUUCAAAACGGGCGUCGUUAUUAUGGGGUAUAUGUUGACGAUCUCCUGCAGCAGGGUGCAGGUGGUACCGACGCUUUUCCACAGCAUGGGGGCCAGGUCCGCAUAGGUGUUCUUGCUCAGCUCCAGCAGAGCGGUCUCCCGCGUGGCAGGAUAGGCCAGCUCGAUGAUCAACUGGUACACCUUCUCCCGCUCGGCCUGCUGCUGGGGACUCAUUACCGGACUUGGUUCCGCACUCAUCGCAAAGCUGGUUUUUUUUCGCGUUAGCUUGCAAAGAUCUAGUAGCUUGGAAAGAUCUGGCUCCGGAAUUUCGACGGACGAUUGAGAAACGUGGUUUCGAGUUGGCGUCUAUUGUGGUUAUCGAUAUAAGCUUCAAGCGAGAAAGGACCGAAAGCACGUGGCCGAACAAUGUGGCCAGAGCCGAGGAACGCACGAAUGCCAUAAAUUAAUAAAUAAUUUCUUGUUCG